CUCACCGUUCACACUGUUUUGUGUGUACAAUUAACCAAAGAUUGAGACUAGUGUAUAGACGAGUACGAACCUUACACGAAUCUGUUGACUGACCAAUCAACAAGGACAACAGAGAAGCACUCUGCCCAUACGAACACACAACCUUGAACUAUGGGUGGGAAGAAACGUCCUAGUACUGGCAAGAAUGCCACAGCAAAACACACCCGGGCCAAGGGUUUCCCUAAGACUAAUAACAGUACAUCCAAGAAGAAGAAACACCCCACUGACCGGCCCAUGAGUGCACACUACGAUCCGUUUACGAACGGUAUGUUUGGCGAUGCGGGUAUGGAUAUGGCUGUAUUGCAUAGUGAGAUGUAUGAGAUGGCUGAACAGGGUGAGUAUAUCAGCCUGGGUGGUAACAGGGGACACCGUGGUAGUACAGGACGGGGGAGGGGCAGGGGUGAUAUGAAGCAGUACGGCAACUCGGCUCAGCAUAGAACCAACGGGCAGUCCAAAAAAAAGGGACAGGUGCAUGUAGGGCACGGUAGCGCUGGGCGGUCGGAUAGCUCUGAGAGUGACAGUGAGAGCAGCGAGGGUGGUGGUUAUAGCUAUGCAGAGUACCACGCGAUGAUGGAGAGAGAUGAGAAGAAAGCUACUAAGAAGCUCGCGUUUGAGGGUAU